ACGGUUCAUCAAGAACACGGGUUUUAUAUUGACGUCUCUUUCCGUCGUCUUCGAAACCAAAAGGCCAACUCUGUCCGAUUCGAUUCGAUUCCAUUCCAUUCGUCUUCUUGUUGUCUCCUCGACUCCAAUGGACUCAGCCAGAACCAAAAGAAGGAGGCAACCAGAUUUUGUAAUCGCCAGAGAUACAGAUUCCGAGGCAAGCUCCUCUGACGAUGACGAAGAAGAAGAAGAGGCUUUUGAAGAAUCUGAACCCUACGAAAAUGGAAGGGAAACUGAAUUGGGACUCUCGGCGAAGAAGACGAAGAAAGUACCCAUUACCGUUAAGCUCAAGAAAGUUUGCAAAGUCUGUAAGCAGGCUGGUCAUGAAGCCGGAUUUAGAGGGGCUACAUAUAUUGAUUGUCCCAUGAAACCUUGCUUCUUAUGCAAAAUGCCUGGCCACACCACGAUGACAUGUCCCCAUAGAGUCACCACCGAGCACGGAGUAAUCCCGGCCUCCCACCGGAAUACCAAGAAUCCGAUCGAGCUUGUGUUUAGACGCCAACUUCAAUCGAGAAUACCCCCUAUCAAGCCGGAAUUUGUGAUCCCAGAUCAGAUACAUUGCGGAGUUUUACGAUACCAUAGCAGACGAGUUACAUGUGUGGAGUUCCAUCCAACUAAGAACCACAUUCUUUUGUCUGGAGAUAAGAAAGGGCAAGUUGGAGUCUGGGAUUUUGGUAGAGUAUAUGAGAAGAUCACGUAUGGAAACAUACACUUCAUACAAGUUAACAACAUGAAGUUUAGCCCCACGAAUAAUGAUAUGGUAUACACUGCGGCCUCUGAUGGAACUGUUGGUUACACCGAUCUGGAGACUGGAAUCUCGUUAACCUUGCUUAAUCUCAAUCCUGAUGGAUGGCAGGGUCCAAGCACUUGGAAAAUGCUAUACGGUAUGGAUAUUAAUUCAGAGAAAGGUGUGGUGCUUGUUGCUGACAAUUUCGGUUUUCUUCACCUGGUGGAUCAUCGAACCCACUGCAGAGUUGGUGAGCCGAUUUUGAUACACAAGCAAGGAAGCAAAGUUGUCGGUCUUGACUGCAACCCAGUUCACACAGAGCUGCUUCUGAGUUGUGGGAACGAUCAUUUUGCACGGAUUUGGGAUAUGCGUAGACUACAACCAGGGGGUUCCCUUCAUGAACUUGCGCACAGAAGAGUUGUCAACUCUGCUUAUUUCUCUCGUGUGUCGGGUACAAAAAUCCUCACGACGUCUCAGGACAACCGUAUACGAGUAUGGGAUUCUAUCUUUGGUAAUUUGGAUUUGCCGAGCAGAGAGAUUGUUCACAGUCACGAUUUCAAUCGGCAUCUGACGCCUUUCAAAGCUGAGUGGGAUCCUAAGGAUCCAUCUGAGUCCCUUGUUGUCAUUGGUCGUUACAUAAGUGAAAACUACAAUGGUGCUGCUCUUCAUCCGAUUGAUUUCAUAGAUGUGAGCACUGGGCAACUAGUUGCAGAGGUUAUGGAUCCAAACAUCACAACUAUCAGUCCGGUCACCAAGUUACAUCCGUACGAUGAUGUUUUGGUUUCCGGAAGUUCAAGGUCGCUUUUCAUCUGGAAGCCAAAGGAAAAAACAGAGAUGGUUGAAGGGAAGAAGGACCAAAAGAUUGUAACGUGUGGAGGAGGAGGAGAUGGCAAGAAGAAGGGGAAAGGAAAGCGGAAGCCGGGUAGUGAUGAAGAUGACUCAGACGACGAUAUGUUUAGCUCUAAAGGCAAAAGCAUCAAAGUUCAGAAGUCCCGAAUCAAAGUAACUAAGAGCAAUGGGAAGGCAAAACAGAGACAGGGAUGAAGAAGGGGAAGGUUGUGUCUGUUUUUCAAGUUUUCUUGUACAGGUUACUAGGCUAGUUUUAUGCCUAUCAUGCCCUGACUGACCCAGUUGGCAGCUUUCCCUGUUUUGCAACUAGACGAGAUUUUCGGGUUUUUGGUUUUAGGUACCUCCGGCUCUGUCAUCUCAUGUGGUGUGUGUGCAUACGCCAGUGGGAUAGAUUGUCUGGUCAGGCUGCAACUCCUUGAAUGUUAAGGUUAAUGCUAUGUAUUAUAUUAUCUUGAUUUA